UGCGGACAGUCGCUUCGUCCCGCUUUGGCGCAGCGGGCGCAGCUUUGUCAACGAGCGCAGUCUGCAUCUUGUCAGAGGAUUAAUAUUCAGCCCGAAGGUGGAGCAGGAACCGUGGAGGUCUGUGGCUUGACGCCGGGAGUGUAAUCCUCUGGACAUUGCUCUCGGAUUUGGCGCAAUGUGACCGUGUGACGGACCGACGAGCUGAACAGUCUCUCCACAACUUGGGGACGCACGCAUGGGCUGGAGUGUUUCGUGAAAAGAGACAAUUGAAUGGCAAUAUCUGAAACGGGGCUGCUCGUCCUCGGGAAACAGAGAUGGUGUGCAAACUUCUGCUGCCCAUCGCCUUAGCAGCGAGCCUCUUCUCACCUCAGCUGUCUGGUGCCACAGCCACACAAAAAAAAGCUCAAGUGAAGAACAAUUCAGGUGUGACCCCAGCUGGGAAGUGUGGGACCUGGCUGAAGGAGCCCGAUGGAGGGUAUUUCACCUCACCCAACUACCCUGAGAAAUACCCCCCUGAGAGGGAAUGUGUCUACAUUAUAGAAGCGUCUCCUCGACAGUGCAUCGACUUAUUCUUCGAGGAGAGGUAUUCCAUCGAGCCGUCCUGGGAGUGCAAGUUUGACCACAUCGAGGUCCGCGACGGGCCCUUUGGUUUCUCGCCCAUCAUUGGACGCUACUGUGGGCAGGAGAGUCCCGCAUACGUCCGCUCCAGCGGGAGGUACCUGUACAUCAAGUUUGUGGCUGAUGGGGAACUGGAGGCCAUCGGCUUCUCUGCCCGGUAUAACUUCACACAAGAUCCUGAGUUCAAGGAGCUCGGGGCGCUGCCACCUCUGCCAUGUGAGUAUUCAUCAUACAGUAUAUAUGCUAUUAUGACACAACACAAGCUUAGACCUGCUACAGUGAGUGAAUCACACCAAGCACCAAGAACCUCAGCAGCUUCGAUUAAAUGUAGAUACUGUAAACAAAAAAUGUCAUUGUUUUCUGACAUGAUCUACCAGAUUACCUUAGGUGUUUUUUUUAACAAUUGGGACAAAAUUGCCCAAACUGUUUCCACAAUUCUCCACAGUCAUUCAAGGUUUAUGGUCUCAAAACUGAUAUAUGUUUUAAUACAAGGAAUGUUCUUCACAGUCUGUGAGUUUGAGCUGAGCGGUCCGGAAGGCUUCAUAGAGUCGGCACAGAUAGCCAGGGAGGGCCAGGCGCAGCUGACCGAGGCUGUGGACUGCAGGUGGUACAUCAGGGCUCCACCGAGGGCUAAGAUCUACAUGCGUUUCCUGGAGUACGAAAUGCACAACUCGAAUGAGUGCAAGCGCAACUUUGUGGCCAUCUACGACGGCAGCAGCUCGGUUGAGCACCUGAAGAACAAGUUCUGCUCCACGGUGGCCAACGAUGUCAUGCUGGUGUCCUCAGUGGGCGUGGUGAGGCUGUGGGCCGAUGAGGGGAGCAGGAAGAGCAAAUUCCGGAUCCUCUUCACGACCUUCCAUGAACCUCCAUGUGAAAGAGACACUUUCUUUUGCCAUAGCAACAUGUGCAUCAACCACACACUGGUCUGCAACGGCGUCCAGAACUGUGUUUACCCCUGGGAUGAAAAUCACUGCAAAGAGAAAAGGAAAGCCAGCAUCCUGGACACGCUGGACAACACUAACCUCACCAUCAUCGGAGUGACCUGUGGCCUGGUCGUCAUCUUGCUCGUCAUCUCUGUCAUCAUCCAGGUCAAACAACCUCGCAAGAAAUACAUUAUCCGCAGGGAUGACUUUGACCCUGCCCUCCUCCAUCCCGGUUUGGAGCCUCCUCACUACGAGCUCUGCACUCUGCGCCGCACCCCAUCUGGUGACCUGACUGAUGCUGCCCUGGCCGAGGACUUUGAGAAGUUCCACAAGCUUCGACGCUCCUCAAGCAAAUGUAUUCGUGACCACCAUUGUGGAUCUCAGCAUGGCAGCGUACAUGGUAGCCGCAGCAACCUAAGCAUGAGGGACGCCACCAUUGCCAGUGACGGGGGGGCUCUCGUGCCGCUGCCGUUGCCGCCGGCGAUGGUGAGCCAACAGUCGCCCCGCCUCUCCCACCACACUACUCCGGGAGGCCAACGGAGCAUCCUCGUGAUGAAGCAUAGUUAUUCUCAGGAUGGGGCAGAGCGGUACCGACGGGAUGAGGAGGAGGAGGAGGAGGAGGAGGAUUUCACGAUGGACGAUGGUCCCGCCACCAGCCAGCACCACACGCACCACCAUCAGAUCCACUAUGGCAUGGCAGGGCUGGAUCACACUGUGCACCGUACACUGUCCAAUGAUUUUUAAUCUGAGGCAAAAUGGAAAAGAAGAAAACAGUAAAAUAAUCAAGAUAUAAAUGGAACUGCACCUAGACUGAUGGAAUAGUAUCAGAGAUGGCUAAAAACCCUCACUUUUUUAAACCCCCUUUGAAAUUUUUCGUUUCAAAUUAAUUUAUUUAAAUGAAUGUUGAUCUUUGAGGACUUUUCGGGGGUUUCAUAUAUUUCAGAUUUAUGGGAAUUAUUACAUGGUAUGAAAGAGAAAUAGCAUGGACUGGGGUUUGUAGAACAUGACCUCAUGAUUAAAAUACCUCUCAGCCAAAGAAUUUAGGGGCAGCCAUAUGCACAUCAGAAAUAUUACACUGCUGUAAUAAUGUGACUGGGAGUGGCAAUGAAGUUAAUUUAAUAUUUCACAAGAAUUGAUCAAAGAAGGAUUUACAUGCACCCAAAUUUUCUUCUGCAUAGCAGUUGUUUCUCCUUUCCUGUUCCUUGUUUAUCUUGAAGUUUUCAGCUCUAAGCAUCCUUUUCAGUGUUAUUUCACUGAUGUUAGAUAUGAUCUACUGUUCACAUUUAUAGUUGAUAUCACCAAAAUACAUUUAUAUAUGUUGUCAUGUCAAGCGCUGCUCUGGAAUCAGACAGGAAAAAAGGGGGCCAGGUCAAAGACAGCAUCAAAUGGAAAAGCAUUUCAGUCAACACUCGCAGAAAUUGGUUCAUGUUGACCGAGUGGGCUUGAAAGGAAUCCAGCUGAAUCUUAUUAAAUCGUGGAGAAACUUA